AUGAGCCUGUUUGGGUUCGCUAACCAUUUACGGUCUUACAAGCACAUGAGUAUGGUACGAGAAAAUCUGAGAUACGAAAUGCUACUGGCAAUCGCUCUGGAUCUGCUUAUCGGUCACUUACUUGUGACAUACAUCAGUCCUAGCAACUUCUGUGUUACUUGGUGGGAAACGCUGAGUUGGUUGAUAGAGCAACUCGAUCAAUUGAUAGUGAAGAUUGUGGAAAACCCGGCUGGUCUAAAACUAAACGAAAACGUGAAUAACGCACUGGCCAGUUUCUUUCAAUACCACAUUUUUCUAUGGCAAACUUUUGUUGAGUUCUUGAGAAAUCGAGUACCCUGGAAUAUAGUAUUAUAUUCUGGAUAUUUGGGACUUUCUACCAUGUUUGCUGUAUUAGCUGAUGCCGUCACGAUUAUGUCCCUGCAUAUCAAAUGUUUUGAUAUUUAUGCUUCGAGGUAA